AUGGAGCGGAAACUGUUAUACGCAUUUCGCGGAUGGAUUGCAUUUGUGGCCUUCAUGGAUUUGGGAACGGCCUUUCGAUGUUACAUCGAGCGACGUAGUUUUCUGGGCGAUCACUCAGAAACACAAUUUAUUGAAGGCGAUUAUACCAUUUCUAGGAUACUGGGAAUUUAUUGCAUAUUAAAAGCAGUCGCAUUGGUUCAUUGCACACUGUACAUACACUACAAAGCGGUUGUUAGUAUGGGAGGAUGCUCAUUAGCAAUAACGAUGAUGCUCUACAUAACUGAGGCCUUGUAUUUCCGCUCAACUACGCUAAACUUUUACGUUAUAUUCCCGUGUGUCCUAAACUCAAUAACACUUGUAGGUUUGUUAUAUAUUCCCCGUAAGUUACGGCUCUGGGAGCUUCGAACUGCAUCAGAAAAUGACGACGAAAAUUCACAGCUCCUGAAGCAAAUGGGGGGAUUCAAAAAGAGACGAGCGCAUAAGAAUAAAACUCCAUGAAUUUUGUGGAUCGCAUAAUACUAGAUAUCUCGCUAUAAAACACACUCUUAGUACAUUACCCUAUCCCACCUACCCACAAACUAAAC